AUGGUCGACAGCGAAGCGAACUCGCCCACGUGGAAGUUCACCCAGUGUUUCGGCGACAAGGGCGAUGUUGAGGAUAUCACUGAAGCCGACAUCAUCUCUACCGUCGAAUUCGACCACACUGGAAACUAUCUAGCCACCGGAGAUAAGGGAGGUCGGGUUGUUCUGUUUGAGCGGAAUGAGACUAAGAAGUCCUGCGAAUACAAGUUCCAUACCGAGUUCCAAUCCCAUGAGCCCGAGUUCGAUUAUCUCAAGUCGCUCGAGAUAGAGGAGAAGAUCAACAAGAUCAAAUGGUGCCGCCGCCAAAACGCCUCUCACUACUUGCUCUCCACCAACGAUAAGACCAUCAAGCUCUGGAAGGUCUUCGAGAAGUCGCUCAAGGUCGUGGCCGAGAACAACCUCUCCCAGGAUGCCACGCCUGCAAAUGCUGCUGGUGGCGGCGGAGCCUCCCGCCCCCUCGCAACCUCUCAACACUUUCGCAACGCGGCCGAUCUCAAGCUACCGCGCCUCACACACCACGACACCGUCGUUGCCGCUGUCCCCCGUCGGACGUACGCCAACGCCCACGCCUAUCACAUCAACAGCAUCUCUGUAAACAGCGACGGAGAGACGUUUAUCAGCAGUGACGACUUGCGCAUCAACCUCUGGAACCUCAAUAUACAAGACCAGAGCUUCAACAUCGUCGACAUCAAGCCCGCCAACAUGGAGGAACUGACCGAGGUCAUCACGGCGGCUGAGUUUCACCCUGUCAGCUGCAACUGGUUCAUGUAUGCCAGUUCCAAGGGCACGAUCAAGCUCGCAGACAUGCGCGAGAGUGCUCUGUGCGACCAGCAUGCCAAACUCUUCGAGCAGGAAGAGGAUCCGUCGUCGCGGUCAUUCUUCUCCGAAAUCAUAUCCUCUAUAUCUGAUGUUCGCUUCUCUUAUGAUGGGCGCUACAUCCUGUCCCGCGACUACCUGACAGUCAAGAUCUGGGAUAUCAACAUGGAGCGGCAACCCGUCAAGACGAUCCCGAUUCACGAGCACCUGCGACCGCGACUGUGCGACACGUACGAGAACGACAGCAUAUUCGACAAAUUCGAGGUGGUCUUCUCGGGAGACGCAAAGAAUGUCAUGACAGGCAGCUACAACAACAACUUCAUGAUUUAUCCCUCAGACCCGGAUAAGGAGGUCGAGGUGGUUCUCCAGGCAGACAAGUCGGCCUUCAAGGCCAAGAAGGUGGGGGUUCCCACGCCAAUAAACGCUUCGACGAGCCCAACGACGAACGGAGGCAAGAAGAACGGAUCGAGAGCCGGCAGCCCAGCCGGCGGCGCCCAGAGGAUGCGCAAGGAGACGGAUGCCGAUCAGAUCGACUUCAACAAGAAGAUUCUGCAUAUGAGCUGGCACCCCUUCGAGGACAGCAUUGCUAUUGCCGCGACCAACAAUCUCUUCGUCUUUUCAGCACUGUAG